ACUACACUAAUUUUAACAUGAUAUUGAUAAUAAAUAUUGUAGCAUGGGUGUUGAAGAAGUACAAAGAGGGCCGGGUAUCACAAUCAAUGGAUGAGUGUGUAUAUGUACAGAGAUGUGUUUCAGUGGACGAUUAUCUAACAGCGCCUAUCCCUCAAUUAGAUCACGUGACUUGCCCCUUAUCUGGGCUCCCUAUCAGAAGGGUACCAGUACUAAGAGUGUAUGGAGCUACCCAGAUAGGUCAGAAAGCAUGUAUACACAUACACCGAGUAUAUCCUUAUCUCUGUAUUCCUGUUCACGAAAUUCCUGGAGGAGGAGCAGUUGUGGCUCAGGAGAUUUUCACUGAGUUAGAAAGCUCCCUAAACAGAAGUUAUGGUUCGUCAAACGGCCAGUUCGUCCACAACAUCGUCCAAAUAUCUGGAAUUCCAUUCUACGGGUUCCACGAAGAGGAGGUAAAGUUUCUGAAAAUAUACUUCUAUCAGCCGAGAUACGUAAAACGAACUGCUCAGCUGCUACUACAAGGAUCGCUCAGAGGAAAGUUGGUUCAGCCACACGAAGCCCAUUUUCCGUACUCUCUUCAGUUCCUCACUGACUACAACAUACAUGGUAUGAAUCUCAUCUACUUCAAGAGAGUGUUUUUCAGGGUAAAGGAAGAUCAAUAUAACAAGUUAACUGUUGGUGAAGACACAAGUUAUCUCCAACAUGACAUAGAUGUAAACACGAUACCACAAAAACACAUGGUGAACCCAGAACUAGCAGUGAAGAAAUGUUCCAGUAGUCUAGAACUUGAUACAACAGCAGACUGCAUCCUUAAUAUCAACUUUAUCGAUGUCAAUUGUAACCCUGGACUAAAAGCGAUUUGUGAGGAAGAACGACAGCGCCGUCACCAAGCUGGCAACUUCACCCCCUCCAACGUAACAGAAACCCCUCCCCGACGUAAAGCCAGCUUACCCCAGACAAAAAGAUGGGAAGAUAAACUUGGUAACAUCAUCCAAAACGCUUCCUGUUUGUCUCCUUCUUCACAGAAAUAUGACUCAGAUGUCGUUGACUUUCUGUUGGAUCUAAAUGCUUCUCAGUCAAGUUCACAGUUAGAUUUCAUUGCCUCCCAACGUUCAGAUUCUACACCCAGCAAACCGUCAUCUCAGAGGUCAAAUCCGUUGAGUCAGGGUAACCUUAGCAUCUUUUGUAAAGAAGAAGAAAAUGAGUCCAGUGAAGACGAAAAUGAAAUGUCUAUUAUGAUGUCCCAAAGGGUGUUUUAUGACACAGCUCCAGAUAAUCUGAAUGUUGAGAACUCUAACACAGCACACACUGCCGUGCAAUGCACUGACUCUGAUGAGGAUUAUUUUGAUGAAAUCACUGCCAGUCAACUUCAACAAUUAGACGGGAACAAUGAAGUUGAGCCCAGUAAGGAGACAACUCGAAAAAGGAAGAGGUUAGGGGGAAGGCCUGCAUUCGCCACGUCAUCAAGCAGCCACACUAGUGUAGGAUCAUUCAAUAGGGUCCUGAGAAAUUCUCGUCGUGUCGAAGAAAAUCUUUUAAAAGAGCAGCCGCAGAAGAUUUGUACUAGAGAUUCAGGAUCUUCAAGAAAGCCCAACAAAAGUAAAUUGAAUCUUAGUAUAAAAAAGAAGACGAUCCCUGCUGAUGCCAUUGCGAGACUCCAACCAGAUGGUAAAGAAGCGGCCUCUUGCUCUAAAAAGUCUCCUGAAGAUAAUGAAAAUCCUGCUGAUCGUUGUUCUUUAGCUUCCGUUAAAGACGUACCUUCCUCCAAAAAGAGUAGUAAGAUUUCUGAUUUCAUUAAUCUAACUCAAAGAUCCCCAACAGUUAAAAAUAAUGUAAGCUCUGCAAGAAAUUCUCCUAAGCUUGUGACGAAAUUAGAUUUUUCCCAAAACUCUCCCGACAUAGAUUUCAGUCUAUCCCAAUUUAAUGACUUGAAGAAUUCUCCUAAAACAACCCAAGAGAAAAGGUACAAAGGCCUCAGAAUAGUUUCACCAGGAUCUAAUAAAUCCGUUGAAACACGGCUGUCUCUGUCAAGGAGAAAGAAGAAAAAGAAAAUCUCGGCUGCUCGUUCUAAAGAAAAAAAUAAUCUGCCUAAAACUCCGACAAAAGAUAACCCAGGACAAAAUCAGCCAUUUAAUGACGAUGUUGUUAUACCUAAAAAGUUGUUUUCACCUUCAUCAGAUUCUCCUAAAACUAAAAUACUGAAAGCACUCGGAAGAAUGGAACUGGAAAGACUUGAUAGCGACCAGCUGUCCAUUGAUAGUUUCAAUACGGAACCAGAAGACACUGUUUUAGGAUCUUUAGGUUCUGAGAGUCCUAAGAAGAAAAAAUCGCACAAAGAUCCUUCUGGUGAAAAUGAUCAUUCGAUUAGCCGAGAAAUGAAGAUAAUAGAACAAGAGCAACAGAAUGUUGAUAACAAAGUUCUGAUGUGGCUCACUGAGAGUGAGUGUUCUCAAGAUGAACAUGAAGACGACUCAGAUAGCCAGAAAAUAAGUCCCGAAAAGGCUCCUGACAAGGCUCCUUACAAAGUUUCUGACAAAACUCCUGACAAAGUUCCUGACAAAGUUCCCGACAGAGUUUCUGACAAAGUUCCUGACAAAGCUUUUGCUUCUAAUCUUGUUGCUGAUGACAAGUUUUCUGAAACGCCACCAACAUCUGCCAAUCCCAGCUGUGAAACAAACCUUACAAGCAAGGCUAGCAUUUCUUUUGAAUUUUCAAAAGAUAGUUUUAGUUAUAGUCCCAAGUCACCUGGCUUAUCGAGGAAAAGGAAUGUAAGCAAUGCUUCUAACAAAUCCUCAAUUUCCUUAUUCGAUUCUGUCAAUCAUGAAAAAUACUUAUCCAAUGAUUCUUCUACUGACAUAAUCCAACAAUCACCAAAACAUGAUUGUAGCUCAUCUGGUUCAACUAGACCUCCUUUUCAAACAGGCUCCCCCGAUCUCUCAAAGAUCUCUGUAGCCAGUCCAGUAAUUCUAUCAAGUUCUCCUGAAAUAUCCCAUGUCUCUGAGGCUAGUCCAGCUCAUCGAUCAACCUCUCCAAACGACUCCAAGAUCUCUGUCACAAGUCCAAUAGUCUUGUCUGGAUCAGAAGUUGAAAACAACUCCCUGCUGUCGACACCAAGAAACAUCGAGUUUGACACAUCCAUGUUCUUUAGUCAAUAUCAAGUCGAUGAAAAUACUGGAAUUGUUCGUGAGCCUGAAGUUCAGAACUUGAGAUAUAAGAUCAGUCCACCAUCAUUUCUAGAUUGUCAGAAAUACAUUCAGCAACCUCGUGAAAAUUCUAAUAUUUCUGCAAUUCAGCCGUAUUACAGUUCAUUGAAAGAUGUGCCCGAUGCCAUUAGGAUUGGUGCCAAGCACAUUAAUUUGAAACACUUGGAUACGCUUCCUGACCAGAUGUUCUACCCGGAAUGUGAAAAUGAUUUGGGCAUAUUAGGGCUUGAGAGUUGGGAAGGAGUCAUGGAGGAAAAGUAUAUAAAAUCUGAAGUUAGCUUGGUAUCUAAGAAGUACAGUUUUAACCCACCAAAACUGUCAGAUGCUAGAUUAUGGCUGAUGAAAAAGAAGAAAUCUAAAAUAUCUUUGAAUGAAUCGCAAACCACCUCAUCUUCUGUGUCAGAACAAAGCAAAGUUAAAUACCCUUCUGGUGAAUCUGAUUAUCUACUCUCUCCCGAGAAUCUGAAAAGCAAAGAUGAAACUGAAUCGCUUCCUUCUGGAGCCUGUUCUACGCCUAUCAACUCAAAAGCGAAAUUUUCUAGCCUCCCAGACAAGUUUAUAACACCCAUUGCCCCUAAAAAUCCUAUCUCUCGGUUUAAAAAGAAAGUUAAGUUUUCUCCUAGGAACGAUUCUUUAAAGCCACCAAUAAGUCCGACUCUGGCCAUGAACUCUCAGAUAUCCCAUUUAUCCAACAACGACUCCUUUAAGUUUGCCAUGACUGUACCAAUGGGAGACAGCACCAGAUCUCACAUAGUUCAACAUCUCACUGUUAUGAGCAUCGAAACAUUCGCUAGCUCUAUCGGAGACAAGAAGUCUGAUCCUAGAUAUGAUCCUGUUAUAUCAGUAUUUUACGCUCUUUAUAACGAUAGUAAGGAUGGUAUUACAGAAGGCUCUAUAACAGUUACUCCUCCAUGUAAACCAAAAUGUGUCCCUCCUUACACUAACUUUGUGGACAGUGAAAGUGAGGUAUUUGAAGAAAUAUUUAAGAUUGUUCACGAGUACGAUCCUGACAUUCUUGUUGGAUACGAAAUCAAAACAUCUUCUCUCGGUUACCUGAUUGAAAGAGCAAACGUCAUCGGUUUGAAUUUCCAAGCCAACAUUUCUCGAUUUCCUGAAGAAACAAAGGAUGUUAAAGAAGAGGGAUCAGAAGAGGGCCCCUCUAACUGGUGGGUUACAGUUUCUAACGAAAUACAACUGGCUGGAAGGGUCAUCUUAAACUUAUGGCGGCUUAUGAGAACUGAAGUUAACUUGACUAACUACUCCUUUGAGAGCAUUGCUUAUCAUGUGCUUCACGAAAGAAUUCCUAAACUUCCUAUGGCUACCCUUGACUCAUUCUACCAAGACCCGAAAUUUUAUUUUAAUUUUGCAGACUAUUUUAUCACCAGAACUCGUAGUAACCUGAGGCUGUUACUCGAUCUCAACAUAAUUGUCAGGACAUCUGAAAUGGGCAGGCUGUUUGGUAUUGAGUUUUUUAAUGUGUUAUCCCGUGGUUCCCAGUACAGGGUGGAGUCCAUGAUGUCCCGGCUAGCCAAACCUCGUAAGUUUAUCAGUAUUAGUCCAAGUCCUGAGCAGCGGGCCAUGAUGGCUGCCCCAGAGCUUAUACCCCUGGUCAUGGAACCGGAGUCUAAGUUUUAUGGCGAUCCUGUUGUGGUCCUGGACUUUCAGUCGUUGUACCCGACCAUGAUCAUUGCUUACAACAUGUGUUUUAGCACAUGCCUUGGCAGAGUGAACUAUCUUGGAACCUACGGAAGCUUUCCAUUUGGUGCAACUCAUCUCACUGUUCCUCCGAAUCUUUUAAUGAAAUAUCAGGAGCACAUUUUUGUUUCUCCAAAUGGUGUUGCUUUUGUUGAGGAUUCAGUGAGACGAGGGGUGCUCCCAAUGAUGCUUAACGAAAUACUGGAAACUAGGAUCAUGGUCAAACAGAUGAUGAAACAGCACAAGGACGAUAAAGCACUGUAUAAGAUGCUGGAUGCAAGGCAGAUGGCUCUGAAGCUGAUAGCAAAUGUCACGUAUGGGUAUACCUCCGCUAACUUUUCAGGUAGAAUGCCCUGUAUUGAAAUAGGCGAUUCUAUUGUCGCUAAGGGAAGGGAGACGUUGGAAACAGCCAUAGAUUUGGUUAACAAAACUCCAAAAUGGGGAGGAAGAGUGGUGUAUGGAGAUACUGACAGUCUUUUUAUCCUCUUUGAAGGUUGUUCUCGAGCGGAAGCUUUCACCAGAGGGCAGCAGAUAGCUGAUGUAGUGACUGGAAUGAACCCUAAACCAGUUAAGCUGAAAUUUGAGAAGGUUUACCAGCCGUGUGUGUUACAAACUAAGAAGAGGUAUGUAGGUAUGAAGUAUGAGACAGUAGAUGAUCCUGGAGAAUAUGAAGCUAAGGGUAUUGAAACUGUGAGACGAGAUGGGUGUCCUGCUUCAGUUAAAACAUUGAAACGAGCCCUUCAUAUAUUGUUCAAAUCACGUGACAUCAGCUCAGUCAAAACAUUUGUUCAGAAUCAGUUCCUAAAGAUAAUAAAGAACAAGAUCUCGGUGCAGGACUAUAUAUUUGCUAAAGAGUAUCGAGGUAAAGACUCAUAUCGACCAGGCGCAUGUGUACCCGCACUGGAGAUAGCAAAACGUAGGAUAAAGACUGACCCAAGAAAUGAGCCGUUUGUUGGUGAGCGGGUACAAUAUGUGAUAUGUUAUGGAACACCCGGACUACCACUGAUCCAACUAGUUCACGAACCUGCUGACAUCCUGUUCUCCAGUAACCUCCACAUCAACACCAUCUACUACAUCACCAAAGCGAUAGUGCCACCUUUACAGCGAGUGUUUGGUUUGAUGGGAGUUAAUGUGAUGGAGUGGUACAACGAGCUACCACGUGAUCUGCGGACACACUUCUCUGGUGCUACGACUCGGGGUAAACACACUAUAUCUCACUACUACCAUACUAAACACUGUCCUUUCUGUGAUAAGGUUUCUGAUACACUUUGUGUUUGCUAUCUGGAUCGGCAGAAGGCGGGGGUUUUGUCCCAAUCUCAGCUGUCUCUGCUUAAAUCUCAGGAACAGUCAGUUUUUAUGAUUUGUUCAGAUUGUUCGAAUGUUCCCAGUGUUGUUGCUAAUCCUGAUGCGUCACAUAAUCGAAACUGCGUUAGUUUUGUAUGUCCGGUUUUGUUUAAAAGAAUCAGUAUCAGAAAUAGAAUUUCAGAAAGACAGGUGAUCAAGGACGAAGUUUUUAAAUUGUAUAAUUGGUAAAAUUUUUAACGUUUGAUAAUGUUUUUAUUGCAUAACAUAUUUAUUAGAAUGAACUGUUUUGUUAAUUUGUUUGUAAAACUUCGUUUUGGAUCUUCAUUAUAUUUAU